AUGGUGGCCUCAAAGAAGAUGAAAAAGUCAGUGGAGCCCAUCAACUCGAGGCUCCAGCUGGUGAUGAAAAGAGGCAAAUGCGUGCGAGGCUACAAACAGACCCUGAAAACAAUCAGACAAGUCAAAGCCAAAUUGGUCAUCUUGGCCAACAACUGCCCAGCCCUGAGGAAAUCAGAGAUUGAAUAUUAUGAUAUGUUGGCCAAAAUUGGCAUACAUCACUACAGUGGCAACAACAUUGAAUUGGGUACAGCAUGUGGGAAGUACUACAGAGUUUGUACACUGGCUAUCAUUGAUCCAGGUGAUUCUGAUAUCAUUAGAAGCAUGCCAGAACAAACCAGUGAAAAGUAA